GUCAGCAUAUGUGUCUCUUUGGACAAUUCAUUUCCGAGUGUUAGACAAGAGCCCAGUUUCAGGCCCUGGAAGGGGUUCCCCCUUCCUGCAACAGGUCCAUGCCUCUACCCCAAAGCCUGGCUGAGCCCCAUUGUUCACCACGGCUCCCUCACACCCAUGCCAUCUUUCUCCACACAGCUCAACCUCCAGCCCCGAGGAAGGCCAGCUAAGUGAGCGGCUUGACCCCUCUUGACUCAGUCCUGUCUGGGGGCCACGAUCAUCAGGACCUGGAGGGCACACAGGCACAGAAGAAGCCGCCACGCACGGGGAUCUCUAAAGCAAGUUCCCUCCGACUGCAAACUACAUCUCCCAGAAUGCCCGCGCUGCCGUGCUGCACAUGCGCAACGAGAGGCCAGGGGGCGCCUGAGGGGUGGUCCCGGCUAGUUAUCUCAUUUCAGCCUGCUUCGGCGCCUGGGUCUCCCCGGAACGAGACACACGCGCAGUGCCCUGGCAACCUUGCGGACUUACUCUAUUUUAAGAAUUCUCCGGGAAGGAUCACAUUUCACUAGAAACUUGAGGACUUAACUCUGGAAUUUGAGUUUGAGUCCAGGCCUUUCGUUAUGGGCCUGUGAGUAUGAAGUUACAAAAUGAGAGAUACGUUUUAGAGGCUUCCUUAAAAUACCUGCAAAUAGAAGCUAACAGUGGUUGAAGUUAGUACUGAGCGAGUGGGAUAAUCGCUAAGAACAUACACACACAAAUUUAUAUUGAUUACACAACUCGCCUGAGUAAUAUUUAAAGAGAAAAAUUUGAGAAUGCUUGGAGAAAGUUUUCCUCUUCAGGGCAGUUCAAUAUUAAUCAAGAUGUGUUACCAGUCCUUUGGAGACAGCAGCAAGAAGGUCCACUUCAGAAGUAAAGGAAGCACCUGGUUGCACCUCUCCAUUCUUUCACGGAAGAAUGGAGAGGUUCAACCUGCUAUUGUAGGGCACACGUGGAGCACAGUUCUCCAGGAAAGACCAUUAAUGGUGCUGCUUCCUGCGGUUCUUGUCAGUGGUGGGAGGGGCGGCCUGCAGUCCAGCGGUGUUCUCCGAGCUUAGGUGAGUUCUCGCGAGUCUGGAGCAGUUCUCCAGGGACACGUGCAGGCCUGUUGUAUGCUGCUGCCGCCAACUUGGGUUGCAGGGCCUGUGCAGGCUUCUGCUCACCACAGGCGGAGUUGGGGUUCAGCAUAGCGGUUCUGCACCAGGAGCUGUAAUGCGAUGGGUUCGGUGCAAGGCCUCUGCAGAGUGUCCUAUACAGAUAAGCAAGUUGCAAGUUGGAGAGUCCUGUAUGGCAAGAUACUGAGGGUGGCUUCCUCACAACAAUCAGCAAGGACAUGAAUGCCCUUAGUCCAGCAAUCUUUGAGGCAUUAAAUUCUACCAACAAUCAUGUAAUUGAGCUUGCAAAUGAGUCAUUUGAGUCUUCAGAUGAGAGACCCCAGCCUGGAUCAAUACCUUGAUUAUAGAUUUGUAGAAGACCUCAAAGCAGAGGAUUCAGAUAAUCCAUAUCCAGAUUCCUGACCCACAGAAACUUUGAAACAAUAGAUGUGUGUUGUUUAAAACCAUUAAGUUUUGGCCCAGACAAAGGCGCUGAGUAAACUGAAUUCCUCUGCUUGUACGGAACUGACCAGUCUCGCAAGAUGGCGGCUCCCACCGAGACAUAUAGCAUGGGAGUGGCCAUAUUGCCUCCUGAACAAAGCCGCCCAGGGUGCAGAGUGGGCAAAACUCCACCGUACGGAACAGCGCACGCCGGGGAGCCCCGCGCUUUGCUCACCCAGACAGGAAGCGGGAGAACUCAGCCGUCUUGGGUUAAGCCGUGAUGGGCGUUUCUGGAACUGCAGGUCAGAAGGCGGACAUGUGUGGUGAUGAGUGUCUUUUGGAUUGGUAAUGGGAUAAGAGGGGUCCCUGAGUGUCAGUGAUUGGAGACUGAUGAAGUCACUGGUAGGGAAGGUAUGUAGGAUUAGGGUUGGGUUUAUUUGGGAAUCAGGGAUGGGGUUAGCUAUAAGAUUAGUAAUUGGAUAACGGUGUGUCAGUGAUGGGAUUAUCUGGGGGAUCAGAAAUGGUGUGUAGGGGGACUGACUGGUGUUGACUGGGUCAGGAAUCUAGGGGACACUGAAGAAUCAGUGAUUGAUGAAGGAGGCUGUGGACUAAAUGAUGAGGGUGUCCAUGUGGCAGGCAGUGAUGUGGUGGGCAUGGGGGAGUUCUGUGGAGUAUGUGAUUGCUCGCCCCAGGAUUCAGAGAUUUGGAGGGAGAAGUAAUGACCAGGGUGUCCUGGAUGAUAGCCUAGUUUUCGUUUACAUACAUUAAAAUUUCCACAGGUCACAGGCAACCUUUCAGGUCACAUCCCUUCUCAACCCAUCACUAUGCCCUUAACCUGGUACCCCUAACAAAAAUGAUCAUUUUGAAACAGUAACAAACAAAUCAGAAAGGAUAGGAUUAUUAUGAAAAGUAUGAUUUUUGUCCUACCUCUGUUUAAAUUUAUUGAAAUCAUUUUAUAUUUUAUUCAAGAAACAUUUAUUAAACAACUGCUGGGUGCCUGGAGGUAAGUAUGACUAUUUCUCCCAAUUGUUUCCUUACAGAUCUAUUUUGACAAAGCUUAGAAUACCCCAUAUAAAACAGUAUCCCUGUGGCAGGAGUACUCAGUUCCUCUGAACCAGUUAAAUCUUGUCUAUCUGACUCCUUGUGGGACUGAGAAGGAUUUACCAGGCAUCUGCCAUUUUAGAGGAGAGCAGAAAAAGAUGAAGUCCCAGGGAUUAGUAUCUUUCAAGGAUGUGGCUGUGGAUUUCACCCAGGAGGAGUGGCAGCAACUAGACCCUGCUCAGAAGACCCUAUACAGGGAUGUGAUGUUGGAGAACUAUAGCCACCUGGUCUCAAUGGGGCAUCCAGUUUCCAAACCAGAUGUCAUUUCCAAGUUGGAGCAGGGAGAAGAUCCAUGGAUCAUUAAGAGAGACAUACCAAAUCGGAUCUGUCCAUAUGAAGGUCAGGCAGAUGGGCGACUAGACAGGAAGAGUAACCUUGACAACCCCCAAUCAUGUAUUUUGGGGUCUGUUUCCUUCCAUAAUAAGAUAUUGAAAGGAGUCAUAAAGGAUGGUUCAUUAUACUCCAUUUUAAAAGUCUGUCAAAGUGAUGGCCAGUUACAGAAAUGUCAGAAAAAUAGACUUUCCAGACAAGUAACAGUCGUCAACAACAAAACAAUGACUGUAGAGUCAGACUACAAAUAUGAUGCACUGAGGAAAAUAUUUCAAGAGUGCAUAGAGUCAGAUGCUUCAAGACAAAGACCCUAUAACUAUGAUGCCUUUACAAAGAACUUGAAAUCUAAUAUUGACCUACCUAGUUGUAACAAGAACAAUUCAAGAACAAACCUUGAUGAGAGUUUUGAAUGUGGAAAAUCAUUCAUCCACAGUGUGGCCAAUUCUAACCUUGAGAAGCUUCACAAUGGAGUAAUUCCCUGUAAUGAUAAUGAGCAUGGAAACAUUUUCAGCAAGAAACAAUCCAUUAUUCAUUAUCAGAAUGUUGAAACCAAGGAGAAAACCUGUGUGUGUAUUACAUGUGGAAAAGCCUUUGCUAAGAAGUCACAGCUCAUUGUACAUCAACGAAUUCAUACUGGGAAAAAACCAUAUGAUUGUGGUGCAUGUGGGAAAGCCUUCAGUGAGAAGUUUCACCUCAUUGUACAUCAGAGAACUCAUACUGGGGAGAAACCUUAUGAAUGUUCUGAAUGUGGAAAAGCCUUCUCUCAAAAAUCAUCCCUUAUUAUACAUCAGAGAGUUCAUACUGGAGAAAAACCAUACGAAUGUAGUGAAUGUGGAAAAGCCUUCUCCCAGAAAUCACCCCUGAUUAUACAUCAGAGAAUUCACACUGGAGAGAAACCUUAUGAAUGUAGAGAGUGUGGUAAGGCCUUCUCCCAGAAGUCGCAACUGAUUAUACAUCAUAGAGCUCAUACUGGAGAGAAGCCCUAUGAGUGUACUGAAUGUGGGAAAGCCUUCUGUGAGAAGUCCCACCUCAUUAUACAUAAAAGAAUCCAUACCGGGGAGAAACCCUACAAAUGUGCUCAGUGUGAAGAAGCCUUCAGCAGAAAGACAGAACUCAUUACACACCAGUUAAUUCAUACUGGGGAGAAACCUUAUGAAUGUACUGCUUGUGGGAAGACCUUCUCCCGAAAGUCACAGCUCAUUAUACAUCAGAGAACGCAUACUGGGGAGAAACCCUAUAAAUGCAAUGAAUGUGGAAAAGCCUUCUGUCAGAAAUCACAUCUCAUUGGACAUCAAAGGAUACACACAGGAGAAAAACCUUAUGUUUGUACUGAAUGUGGGAAAGCCUUCUCUCAAAAGUCUCACCUCCCAGGUCAUCAGAGGAUUCAUACAGGAGAGAAACCAUACGUAUGUGCUGAAUGUGGAAAGGCAUUUUCUCAGAAGUCAGAUCUUGUUUUACAUCGGAGAAUUCACACUGGGGAAAGACCCUAUCGGUGUGCUGUAUGUGGGAAAGCUUUCAUCCAGAAAUCACAACUCACUGUACAUCAGAGAAUUCAUAGCAGUGGUAAAAAUCAUAGUGAACUAAAAACACAGACAAGCUUUCAGUAUUAGCUCAAGGCUUAAUACACAACAGGAACUUGAUUAAUUUGAUAAAUUUUUUGACAGCAUCUUUAUAGAGAAAAUUUUACAAGAGAAUUCACAUCUGUAGUGUGGUGAUACCUAACUCAGCAGACAUGAUGGAAAAUAAUUACAUAAAUGAAGGCCAUUUUCACCAUAGCAUGUAGAGCUUUUAAAGUUAUGAAUUGAAUGGUUAGUAGAGCAAAUUAUGUAUAUAGAAUGUUGUCAAAGUAUAUAUUCCUUAUUAUGCCCCAUAACAAUAAACAUUGUAAAAUUGUUAAUAUUA